AUGGACGACGAGGCGGUGGCACCGAUUCCCAACCCUACGGUGCAGCAGCAGCUGUUUGUGCUUGUUCGCGAGGGCUCCAGUGAGGCCCAGCGGUCGGACGCCCUCUCCAAGCUGCUAGAUAAUAUCAAGAAAGAUGACAUGGCGCCGUACUAUGAAUUCCUGCUGGCGGACCCUGCGAUCGCGGCGCAUGUGCCGCGGGACGAGUCACUGAUUCAGUCGAUCCGUGCAAAGAAUGUGGCGGAACUCGAGCGACUGGAUGCUGCGCGAAAGCAGGCGGAGGAGAACGACGGCGACCUCGAACUGCACACAGUGCUCAAGCAGCGCGCCAUGUACCUUGCGCGCAUCGGCGACAAAGAGGCAGCGCUGCCGGCGAUUGAAGAGGCUGUGGAAAAGGCACAGGGCAGCGGCACCAAAAUUGACCUGACUCUGCUCAAAAUCCGUGUGGGUCUGUUUUACGGCGACACGGAUCUGACAGAAACCAAUAUGGCCAAGGCGGCGACGCUGAUUGAAGAGGGCGGCGACUGGGACCGCCGCAAUCGCCUGACGGCGUACCGCGGCGUGUACUGUGCGUCGAUCCGCCACUUCAGCGAGUCGUCCAAGCUGCUCAAGGAAGCCCUCAGCACGUUUACGGCGACGGAAGUGAUUGAGUACAAGGACUUUGUUGAGCUGACCAUCCUCAUGGGCAUGGUCACGCUCUCGCGGCGCGAGCUGAAACAGCUCAUGGAGUCACCAGAGGUGCUGCAGAUCAUCGACGACCUGCCGCACCUGCGCGAGUAUACCUCGUCGCUGUACAAUAGUGAGUACGCGACGUUCUUCCGUGCCCUGGCAAUGAUCGAGCAGGUGUACCUCCUGCCGUCCCGCAUCCUCUCGCGCCACACCCAAUUCUACGUGCGGGAGAUGCGCAUCAUUGCAUUUUCACAGCUUCUGGAAAGCUACCGCAGCGUCGCACUCGACCGCAUGGCCCAGGCAUUUGGCGUCACGACCGAGUAUAUGGACCGUGAGCUGUCGCGCUUCAUCUCGACUGGCCGCCUCGCGGCGGUCAUCGACAAGGUCGAGGGCGUCAUUGAGAACCGCCGCCCCGACCAGAAGAAUGCCCAGUACAUACGUAUGCGCGGCUAA